AUGUCAGACGUCAAAAUCCUCGACGGCGGGCUCGGCACCACCUUGGAGGACCGCUUCGGCGUCGUAUUCACCCACACCAAGCCGCUCUGGUCCUCUGACCUGCUCGUCUCGGACCACGAGACCCUGCAGGCCUGCCAGUGCGAAUUUGCCGCCGCCGGUGCCGACGUCCUCCUGACGGCGACGUACCAGGUCUCGGUCGAGGCCUUUGCGGGGACAAAGACCCCAGAGCACCCGGACGGCAUCGCCCCGUCCUCCGCCAUGCUGCCGUACCUACGGCGCGCGGUUGACGUUGCCGCAAAAGCAGCAGCGGCAGCAGCAGCAGCAGAUGGAACGCCUGCACCACCCCAACAGCCAGCCGAGAUCGCCCUCGCCUGCGGGCCCUACGGCGCAGCCAUGACGCCCGGCCAGGAGUACACGGGCGCGUACGACGCAGAGCACUCGACGUCUGCCGCCCUUUCCCGCUGGCACCUUGACCGUCUGGCGCUGUACGCCGCGGCGGGCGCGGACGUGCCGUCCCGGUGCGCGUACGUGGCGUUCGAGACGGUGCCGAACCUGGCCGAGGUCUGGGCCGUGCGGGAGGCCGUGACGCGGCUGCGCCAGGGCGCGUCUGCCUCUUCGUCUUGCCGGUUCCCCUCGCGGUUUUGGAUCAGCUGCGUCUUCCCCCGCGAGGACGAGAGGCUGGCGGACGGGAGCAGCGUCGAGCAGGUCGUCGAGGCGAUGCUGACGGGCCGCCGCGGCGAGGAUGGCGGCGCGAGGGAGGCCCUGGCCCUGCCCUGGGGCAUCGGCAUCAACUGUACCAAGAUCUACAAGCUUGAGGGUCUGAUUAGGAGUUUUGAAAAGUCCAUCUCUGAUCUCCAGUCGAAAGGAGUGGUCACAGACGUCCCGGCGCUCGUUUUGUAUCCUGAUGGGACGAAUGGGGAGGUCUACAACACUACCACCAAGAAAUGGGAGGUCCCCCAGGGUGUGCAAGGUGAUGGGCCAAAGACCCCUUGGGAUGUCCAGCUCACACAGAUCGUCAACAACACAAGAGAACGAGGCGUUUUCACGUCUUUUCUGGUAGGCGGUUGCUGCAAAGCAAACCCCCAGAACAUCAAAGAUUUGCGAGAUCGUCUGAAAGCAUGA